AUGCCACGGGUUGGAACAGGAGCCAGAGCCGAUAGCAUCUGCCCUGAGCACCUGCAAGGAGUGAGGAGAGCGAGGAGCAGGGACAGCGCCGGGAAUCACCUGCAGAGAGACGCCCGGAUCCACAGAGAGACGCCCGGAUCCACAGAGAGACGCCACGAUCCACAGAGAGACGCCACGAUCCACAGAGAGAGACGCCACGAUCCACAGAGAGACGCCACGAUCCACAGAGAGACGCCACGAUCCACAGAGAGACGCCACGAUCCACAGAGAGAGACGCCACGAUCCACAGAGAGCGCCACGAUCCACAGAGAGACGCCCGGAUCCACAGAGAGACGCCCGGAUCCACAGAGAGACGCCCGGAUCCACAGAGAGACGCCACGAUCCACAGAGAGACGCCACGAUCCACAGAGAGAGACGCCACGAUCCACAGAGAGACGCCACGAUCCACAGAGAGACGCCACGAUCCACAGAGAGACGCCACGAUCCACAGAGAGAGACGCCACGAUCCACAGAGAGACGCCACGAUCCACAGAGAGACGCCCGGAUCCACAGAGAGACGCCACGAUCCACAGAGAGACGCCACGAUCCACAGAGAGACGCCACGAUCCACAGAGAGACGCCACGAUCCACAGAGAGAGACGCCACGAUCCACAGAGAGACGCCACGACCCACAGAGAGACGCCACGAUCCACAGAGAGACGCCACGAUCCACAGAGAGACGCCACGAUCCACAGAGAGACGCCACGAUCCACAGAGAGACGCCACGAUCCACAGAGAGACGCCACGAUCCACAGAGAGACGCCACGAUCCACAGAGAGACGCCACGAUCCACAGAGAGACGCCACGAUCCACAGAGAGACGCCACGAUCCACAGAGAGACGCCACGACCCACAGAGAGACGCCACGACCCACAGAGAGACGCCACGAUCCACAGAGAGACGCCACGAUCCACAGAGAGACGCCACGAUCCACAGAGAGACGCCACGAUCCACAGAGAGACGCCCGGAUCCACAGAGAGACGCCACGAUCCACAGAGAGACGCCACGAUCCACAGAGAGACGCCACGAUCCACAGAGAGACGCCACGAUCCACAGAGAGACGCCACGAUCCACAGAGAGACGCCACGAUCCACAGAGAGACGCCACGAUCCACAGAGAGACGCCACGAUCCACAGAGAGACGCCACGAUCCACAGAGAGACGCCACGAUCCACAGAGAGACGCCACGAUCCACAGAGAGACGCCACGAUCCACAGAGAGACGCCACGAUCCACAGAGAGACGCCACGACCCACAGAGAGACGCCACGAUCCACAGAGAGACGCCACGAUCCACAGAGAGACGCCACGAUCCACAGAGAGACGCCACGAUCCACAGAGAGACGCCACGAUCCACAGAGAGACGCCACGAUCCACAGAGAGACGCCACGAUCCACAGAGAGACGCCCCGAUCCACAGAGAGACGCCACGAUCCACAGAGAGACGCCACGAUCCACAGAGAGACGCCACGAUCCACAGAGAGACGCCACGAUCCACAGAGAGACGCCACGAUCCACAGAGAGACGCCACGAUCCACAGAGAGACGCCACGAUCCACAGAGAGACGCCACGAUCCACAGAGAGACGCCACGAUCCACAGAGAGACGCCACGAUCCACAGAGAGACGCCACGAUCCACAGAGAGACGCCACGAUCCACAGAGAGACGCCACGAUCCACAGAGAGACGCCACGAUCCACAGAGAGACGCCACGAUCCACAGAGAGACGCCACGAUCCACAGAGAGACGCCACGAUCCACAGAGAGACGCCCGGAUCCACAGAGAGACGCCCGGAUCCACAGAGAGACGCCACGAUCCACAGAGAGACGCCACGAUCCACAGAGAGACGCCACGAUCCACAGAGAGACGCCACGAUCCACAGAGAGACGCCACGAUCCACAGAGAGACGCCACGAUCCACAGAGAGACGCCACGAUCCACAGAGAGACGCCACGAUCCACAGAGAGACGCCACGAUCCACAGAGAGACGCCACGAUCCACAGAGAGACGCCACGAUCCACAGAGAGACGCCACGAUCCACAGAGAGACGCCACGAUCCACAGAGAGACGCCACGAUCCACAGAGAGACGCCACGAUCCACAGAGAGACGCCACGAUCCACAGAGAGACGCCCGGAUCCACAGAGAGACGCCCGGAUCCACAGAGAGACGCCACGAUCCACAGAGAGACGCCACGAUCCACAGAGAGACGCCCGGAUCCACAGAGAGACGCCCGGAUUAUGUUUCAGUCUCUGCAGCAGCGGGAGAAGGGCCACCCUCCAGAGACUGGCUUUAG